AUGAAAUCUCUUGCCAGACGCGGUUGGCGACAGCAGCUCAUACGUUUUUUUUCUUUUUUUUUUCUUUUCUUUUUUCUUUUGGGCCUUGAGGCAGGCGCGGCGCACGCAGCUGGUUCGCCGUAUUUGCACACCGUAUUUUUCAGGCCACAACUUGCGAAGUCUCUCCAAAAUGCAAACCGCAGGAGCAAGAAUCAAAAUCAAAAUCAAUCUACACUCUUAGGACUCAAAUGCCAUUGUGACGGCAAUUCCUUCGCGGGUCUUCCCGACUCUGUUGCAAUCCAUCGCCAGCACCGAUUGUUGCGAGAACUGAUGAGAUUGCGGUUGCUGGUCGAUAUUUUUUUGCAGUGCCUUAUAACAGAGCCGUCUCCAGGCCCGGAGGGGUGUACGAGCAAUAGGGGGUGGAGCAGCAGCAGGGUGAACAACAAAGUACAGUGCUCAGCGGCUAGCUGGUUGACCGUUCGCUCGUUAACUGACAGUAGCGGCUUGUCGUCUCCGCUACCGUUUUCUACUGAUGCCGUCCGUACCUGUUCAAGGCAAUAG